UUAUAGAUGGCACUGUCAUGGGUGCAUUGCAAUAAUUGCUAUUUGACCGCUGCUGCUCAGAACACUACCAAACGUGAGACAUUUGCACUUGCAAAUUGUGGACAUAUAUUCUGCUCCAAGUGUAUUGGCAAAUGUGACACCUAAUACUCUACUGAUGAAUGCAUUACGAAAGGUAAAUUCUGUCAUCAAAUUCCAGCAGAAUCAGUACAACAUAAUGCGAAGGAAUGUAAGCAGCAUGCAUGAACAGAUGAAUAAUGUAGCUGAUCGAUGCAAGGAAACUGCGAAGAUCUGCGACUUUUUGGAGAGGAAUGCAAAAACACUGGCGACUAAUAUGCAGCAUCAGCAUGAAAUAUUGCAGAAUUUGAAUAGUUCAUUUGCAGACUGUUCACUAACUUUGAAACAUUUUGGAGAUGUCAGUGAUAAUGUCGAUACAUCAGGAUCGGUGGUUUCGCAACACAAUUCAUCUCUGCAAAAUAACGAGGGAUUGAGCGAAGCAAACAGUUUUCCUCUUCGAAGCGGAUCUUUUAAUAGCAUUCUGUCGCUAAGUGAGCAAACUUUAUCAAAUUUUAAUGCAACAAUCAAUAAACCGUUCAAGCUUUGUUCUGAUGUCGACGAAGACCUCUCAAUGUCAUGCCUUCAGUCAGUGAAGGCAUCUGGAAAUUUGGCAGCUGUAUUCGGUGGUAAAGAUAGAAACAGUGCAAAGAAGUUAAGACAAUCUAUUAGCAGUAUCAAUCCGUACAUGAAGUAUAUAUCACAAAAAAACACGCAUUCAUUAGGAGUUAUUGAUAAUAAUUUUACUUGUUCGGCAGCGACACAGAUCAAAAAGGAUGAAUUUAAUUUACAACAGCUGGGAAGCAAAAGACGGCCAAAAACGUCGGAAAAUAUACAAUUAUCACAAGACAUAUUUAAAAUGGCAUCAAGUACAGAUGGACUGUUCAACAUACGUGCACAUUCCCUUAGUCGUUCACCACCUCGUAAAAAUAGCCGUUCUGGUGAUAAUUAGACUUGAAUAGAAUGUUUUGAUUUACUAUUGUGAGCCAAUGUCUUAUAUGUGUCAGCAUCGUUGAAGUUGUUAGUACAUGGAGAGAAUAGCUGAAUGAGUCCUGGAUGAAUUUCAAUGGAUCCUUUUCAGAUCACUGACGCUAAAAUAAAGUAUGUUAUUCUGAAUUGCCAUUAUUGAUUCUUAUCAUCCACCCAACUUCUGUCUCAUCUGAUAUUUGCUUCGUAACAUUGAUAAUAUCUGAACUUUAUUUAGUGAUAUGUAAUGUGUUUUCCAAUUUAUCAUGCAUUUGAUAAUUCGGUUAUUACUUGUAGCAUACUGUAAUGUCGUUCACUCACAAAAUGCAUGCAAUUCGUCAUUUUUUUUUCUUUCUUCCGUUGAUGUAAAUUCUGAAUUGUUUUAACGUUCAGCUUUUUUCUUUUUGAUUUCAUUUCGUAUCAUUCUAUCUAGACUAUUUGGUCGAAAAUACCACUGGUUUCUUAUGAUAGCAUACCUCGAUAUCUUAUUUCUUCUUUUGAAAGACGUCUGUAAUCAUUUGGGUGAUUCUCAAAAUUAAUAUCAAUACACUAAUUGAAGAGAUGAAUUUUAUUCGAAGUGUUGCAAUAAUAACUAGUUUGAUGGAGUUUUUAUUCUAUUCCAUCUUUUUUUUUUU